UAGCUCUCAUUUGCCAACACUGCCCUACAACACUACCGCGCGUGCAGGAAAAAACGUGCGCGUUUAUUCGUCGCAUUUUGUGUAGAUAAUUCCUAAAUUCCGGAUAUUCCCGCCUUUGAAUCUGAUUUCCCAAAGAUGUGGCCGCGAUUUGGCAUCAAGAUUGGCAAUAGCACGCUCUGCAUCGCCCACGUGCGCGCGGAUGGCAAAGCGGAGGUGAUCGCUAACAAGCAGGGCGACCGAGUGUCCCAGGCAUGCCUCCUUUGGGACGGCGUCUCGGAGAUCGAAUGUGGUCUAACAGCCAAGCAAAAGAUGGCCACGAAACCGCGGCAGGCAGUGGCCCACAGCUUUCAACUGCUGCAGCCGAAGGAACAGCUCACCGAGGAGAAACUGGCCAGUGCUCUGCGGGAAAUCCCCUGCGACUUUGACAAAGAGGAGUUGGUGUUCCGCAUGGAACACACGGUGCCCUCUGAAAAAGAAGACCAGGAUGAUCGGGUGGUGACCAAGGACCUUAGUGCCUACCAAGUGACGGUGGAGUUGCUGCGCGCCGAACUGGAACUGGCACAUCAAUAUCACACGGACGGAGAACAAGCGCCUAUUGCUGUUCUCUCUAUACCUAGCUACUAUCCCGUCCCGGCCUACAAGUUGUUAGCGGAAGCAGCCGAAACCGCUGGCUUCCACGUGGCUCAAAUCAUUGCAGAACCCACGGCGGCUGUUUUGGGCUACAGCAUCGGUGAUGAGCAGCCGGAGCAGCGUCGCCAUGUGCUGACCAUCAAGUGCGGUGGCCUGUACAGUGACAUUGCUUUCUAUGCCGUGCAAAACGGUCUGUUCGUUCAGCUGGCUACAUUUGGACCUUUCCCCAUCGGUGGCCGCCAGUUCACCGAGGCCCUGGUGCAGUUCAUCUGCGAGGAGUUUCGCCGCAAGUACAAGCUGGAUCCGCACGAGUCGCGUCGCUCGCUGGCCAAGAUCCGCACCGCCGCCGCCAACUGCAAGCACAUCCUGACAACGAUGCCUUCAACACAACUGUAUAUCGACUCCCUGAUGGACGGUGUUGACUUCAAUGCCCAGAUGUCGCGCGCUCGCUUUGAGAGCCUCAUCCAACCGGUGAUCAACAGCCUUAUUCAACAGCUGGGCGAGUGCGUGGAGCAGGCGCAAAAGGAGCAUCCCGGUCUGAGUAGCAUAGAUGACAUCGUGUUGUUGGGCGCCACCAUGCAGAUACCUAAGCUUCAAGCAGCCGUGGGCGCCCGCUUCCCCGACGCUAAGCUUCACAACAGCCACUCUGCGGACGAGGUGGUGGCCAUCGGCUGCGCCCGACAGGCCGUCUGCUUGCUUGAUCCACUCGAACAGCAGUUGCAUAAAGAUGAUGAUUGUGUGGUAGCCGAGGAUGAUCUGUACAUCUGGCACGGGAAUGACGAGGCGAACGCCAAGUUAGUCCUGGGCAGGGGUAGCAUCUUGCCCGCCAAAAUCAGGAUAUCUCUUCCUCAAUCGGAACAAGGGAAGGGUGACCAAGGGGACAAGGAGGCCGCUUCUUUCAAGCUCCGAGCCGGAGAGAGCGAGAUAUUGGCUCGCCUGCCCGAAAGCACGACGCCAGAGGAUGGGCUCUACCAGCUGGAGGUCGAGGUGGAUCUCGACGAUAAGGACGGCAACGUGGUGCCGCUGGUGCGACUGCGCUGCAUGUGAGACCGGAAAACUGACCCGAAACCAAUGCGCUAUCGCCUAGUCUAUUUAUUGUUGCUAGCCUAAUGAUUAAAAAUGAUUAUGAUACAAACACACAAAAUAAAGAUAAAUUCAAAAGCGGCAAA